AUGUAUGAUGUAAUGCAAACCACACUGUCUGCAGAUAUUGCAGAACUCAAGCAGGACGUACUUAUCCGAGGGAACACAGGUGCUGCCAGGCACACAAAGGGGCUAACAGGUACUGUACAGAGCAUUGAUGAAGACCUAGCAAUAGCUUAUGUGUUGUAUGGAUUUGAACCUGAGAACAGAAUCAGAAAAUUCGAUCUCUCGAGUCUGGUGUCCUUGGACGACUUUGGAUACCUGGGAGGGGAUAAAGAACUGGAACAGAACAAGAGCCUAUGGAUCUUGGACCAUCCAGAAGUGUAUGGUAGCUUACAAAAGAAGAGAAAAGCUGUCAACCUCCUCUUGGGCCUGUUACAGACUUUUCAAAGACUGGCAUGUGGAUCUUUGCACCAAGUGUUAUUAAACAUGAUGGAGCAUCCAUUUAUGCUCACCAUAGGAGCUCAAAUAAUCAAUCUGGUUGGUUUCAGCCUAGAGAUAUGUAGGAAGAUCAUGAGCAGUGUAUGGGGGAAAAGCAACUGA